AUGGGAGACCUGUGGCUGCUCCUGCUCCUGCCCCUGUCCCUGGCAGCCUUCCAUGGGGUCAAAGGCUGUUUGGAAUGUGACCCCAAAUUCAUCGAGGAAGUUAAAUCCUUGCUUGGAAAACUGGUACCCCCAGAAGUCCCUGGCCGAACUCAUAUGCUUCAACGGCAGAUGGAGGAGAUGAUCCGUUUAAGCUUCAAGGUCUCCCACAGGGACAAGAUGCUUCGGGUGUUGGCUGUUCAAAAGGUUGUCGAUUUGAGAACAUGGCUGAAGAUUGAACUUGAUAAACUGAGCAAGGAAACAUGGAAAGGUGUUUUUAUCCUUCAAGGCAGGCUUCUCGAUAUCCGCAAAAACCUGGACUCCAAACUGGAAAAACUAUUAAAGAAAUUCUCUGAAGUUGCUUGUUCUGAAGAUUGUGUUGUGACUGAAGGUCCUAUCCUGGAUUGUUGGACAUGUCUUCGCAUCACCUCUCGAUGUUUCAAAGGAGAAUAUUGUGAAGAGGAUGAUCCAAAGAAGGCUGAGAAUCGAGAAAUUGGACUAUUUCUGAUAUUAUUAGCAGAAGGUGUAAUACUGGGAGGUGUUUUGCUACUAUUCCAUUUUUGCAUCUCUCAUCGGAGGAAAAUGAAGGCAAUACGAAGGUCAUUAAAGAAAUACUUGGAGAAGAAACUUGAAGAAUUAAUGGGGGUAAAGGAUGAAAAGGAGAAAGAUCUCAGAGGCAGAGAAUAA